GAGGAGACAGCCGUUCAAGUGAGUCGAUCCGCUGGACACUUUCCUCCCGGACUGACGCUGGUACGUCUGACAGACGGCGGCAGUGUUGAGGACGUUGCCCGUCGAAUCUACGAACAGCAUGAGGGCAUGAAACUGCGGCUGGGCAUGAAGGUCCGGAGAAGGAGAAGACGGUCUCGUUGGCAUCGAUCUGCAGCUCCAUCUCCGGUGAAAAUGCUUCAAGUGGAGGGCACUGAUGCAGAGGAAGAAACACCGUACAAAAUCACCAAGUGGCGAGGUUUCUUUCAGAGGGUGAAGGACAGUUUUAGUCAGAGUAGGUUGAAUAUGCGUCGACGACGAAAAAGAAAACACCCUGGUGGAGCUGGCGAAUCCGUUGGACUUGUUAUCGACAGUCAGACGCUCGGCUACGCCAUAUCGGUGAGCACUCUACAUUCUUAA